AUGGUCACCUCUUCAUAAACUCCCACCUCAGCUUCACCCUUCGUCUUUCGAAGAUGACAAAGAGGAAGCAAAUCAAGAAGUUCGGCGCGGUCAAGCGUCUGAUCAAUCCCAACGACCAGCGUCUCAAGGAGAACCAGGUCAAAGCAGACGCAAAGAAGGCAGCAGAAGAGGCCAAGAAGGUCCGACACGUAGAGACAGCAGCUUCAUCCUUGUUCUUUCAGCACAAUACUGCUCUCGGACCGCCCUACCGCAUCCUGGUGGACACCAACUUCAUCAACUUCUCGCUGCAGAACAAGAUCGAGCUGGUGCAAGGCAUGAUGGACUGUCUCUACGCCAAGAGCAUCCCAUGCAUCACCGACUGCGUCUUGGCCGAGCUUGAGAAGCUGGGCCCCAAGUACAGAAUCGCGCUGCGGGUGGCUAGGGAUCCCAGGUUUGAGAGGUUGCCUUGCAGUCACAAGGGAACCUACGCGGACGACUGCAUCAUCGACAGAAUAUCAACGCACAAGUGCUACAUGGUAGCCACGUGUGAUAGAGAGCUCAGACGGCGCGUCAGAAAGGUACCUGGUAUCCCUCUCAUGUACGUGUCGAAACGCCGCUACGCUGUGGAGCGUCUCCCGGAUCAAGGAAUGGCCUCAUAGAAGAGCGAUCCUCCUUACCUUCACAAGGUGACAAACAGUAAGUCUCACUCUGUUCAGUUCCGAUGGCUCUGGAAUUGCAGAGAAACCCAUUCCCCGUCCGAAAGAUGAAAACUAUCCUUUUAAAUCAGCUAGCCUUGCGGACUUACCAAUCUGCUCGUGCGAGGAAGCAACUUUGUCAUAGUUACACUGACUCACGAUGGGAACGAGAGGGGAGGAGGUCGCGAACUUCGCCACAAUGUACUGUCGUUCUUUGUGCUGACUCUGCCUACCCCUUCUCUUCAGUUGUGCGCUACUACGGC